AUGUUUGAGAUACGAGCCCCCCCAGACCUACACUUAGAAUCACGACCCGGCUCCGCCAGCCACGCCGAGCCAGGGAUUAGACAAAAGGCUCGACUGACCCCGGAUUCAAACGCGUCUCUCCAGCGCGCGGUCAAUUGUAAUUUCUCUCUUCUCUUCUCGUCAGUUUAG